UAAAUAUAUUUUCUUACAAUCAUGAGAGCUGUGUGUUUUGUAAAACGCCUGCAGUUUGAUGUACCUGGAACUGUUUCCAGGCACAGCUUAGCUAUGGGCGAUGUAGAUAAUGAUGGAAAUAAUGAAUUAGCGGUUGGAACUGCUGAAGGAGAACUUUAUAUUUUCAAGGGUCAAAUUCUAUGGCAAAAAAUUACUGGCCUUGGCAUGAUUACAAGUAUUGUCAUUGGUGAUAUAUUUAAUCAUGGAAAAAAUGCUUUAAUUGUAAUCAGUGGAGAUGGUUGGGUGCAUAUAUAUUAUUUCUCUCAAUCAGUUAGACCUAAUUGGAAUACUCUACAAUUUAAGGCUGCUGAUUCUGAAAACCAUGAUACAGUUGAUCAAAAUGCUUCAAAAUUGAAAACAGAUAAUGGAGCAUUUAACAACAACGUAGAUCAAUCAAAUUUAGAAGUCAAAAUUGGUCCCACAAAAACUGAUGAUACAGCUCCAAAGAUGGAAUGUGUUCAUGUACAAAGAAUUCCUACAAAUACAAAAGUAGCUUUAAUAGCAGAUGUUGAUAAAGAUGGUGCUAAUGAACUGAUUAUUGGUUUGACAGAUCGGGUGGUAAGGUCAUACAGAUGGUCAAACAAUUUAGAACUUGGGAGUGGAAAACUUAUGGGCUUGAAUAAAUGGGAAUGUGCUAAUCAAAUAGGAACAGUAACUUUGCAAGAUAGUGCUGAUGGUACCCCUACACUGUUGGUUGCUCAACCAGGAGGGACUUUCAUGAGAAUAAAGUGCAAUUAUGGAAACUGUGAAUUGGAAGAUGAUUCUUCAGAAAAUAAUACAGAGUCAAGUACCAGCAAUGUGGACUAUCAAACACUUGGAAUAUCAAGAAUGAGAAAUCCUAAUAUAUCUACUGAAAUUGUGGGUAAUUUGAAACCCAAAGAUAACAAAAAAAUUAAACCCAUAUACAUAGCUGCAAAUACUCAUGUACAUAAAUCUAAUUUUGAAGAGGAACCUGUAAGUGAACGUAUUUCCUCUCAUAACUUAGAUGAAAAAGAACCUGUGGGCGUUGAUUCAGUCGAUGGGAAUUUAAUAGGAGGAAACAUAGUUCUAGGCGAAUUUAAACCCCCUAAAAAUGAUUUAAUUUAUCCGACUUCACCUGUCAAAUAUGCAGAAGAUAAUUUAUUCAAAAAAAUGGAAGAUUUAAAAAUAAAAGACGUAACUACAGAUAAUUUAGAAAAUAGUUUGAACGAAGAAAGCCAACUUUGGUCAAAUUCAAAAUCAUAUGCUAUAGCAACUUUAGAUGGAACAAUAAUGCUGGUUCAGGAUGAAGUCAUUCUAUGGUCGAUGCAAGUGGACCACAACAUCUCGGCGCUCUAUCCGCUGGACGUGACGGGCGACGGGGCCGACGAGAUCAUAGCCUGCACCUGGGACGGCCAGACCUACAUCCUCGACCAGGAGCGCAACAGCGUGAGGUUCCAGUUCGAGGAGCCGGUCCGCGCAUUCUGCGCCGGCAGCUACAGUCGCGAGCCCGGCACCAACACUCCGUGCCUCGUUUACAACAAUUUUUACAACAAGAUAAUCCUGUACUACGACGUAAGUCUUCCAAGUAUGGUAGUGACCGCGCUUAAUCCUGAAGAGUCACUGAGCAAGCGGCAGUGCGACCAACUGAAGGAUAUUUUGAGCCCCGCUGCCAAUGUCACAGGCGACGGCGGCGACGACGACGACAACGACAACGACGGCAACGGCAACAGCAACGGCGGCGCUCAGCGCGACGCUCAGCUCAGAUACUUGACUGACUGGCUGCUCUACGGCUGCAUGCAUCAAGAGCCCGAUGCAUCUGAAUCCAGUGCAUCAUCCACCAACGAAGGCGGUGACGGCGACGGCGGAGACGUCGACAACGACCACGAUGAUUAGCGGCGCGGAUAACGCGCGUAGCAUAAUAUGCAAGCGUGUGCGGCGCGUCCCGAGUUAUAUCCAUCGUUUUUAUAGCUAAAAUACGUAUACUGUAUAGGAUUUUUUUUAACACCGGCUACGAGACGCGAAUAAUAUAUGCAUGUACGUAAACACGCACACACCACGACGUAAUACACUAUGCAUCCGAGU